AAAUCGGCGUCUGCUUGUCGUCUGCUUGAAAACGACCAUUUUAUCUCUUCCCCUGCAGGAUGUAUGACGCUAAUGGCGCUGGUGGUGAUGGGAAUCAAAGGUCACGACUACUUGAAAGCUCUGAAAAUGGAUGACAGGGAGGUCCUUCGAUUCUUCGCCCUGAGUGUGGACAUUCUGGGCGCUUUCUACGUCGGAUGGUCCUUUAUCGUGGCGGUCAUUUCAGCCUUUAUUACCCUGACCAGUUUUAUGUUUUGUAUGGCUGAGUUUGUUCAUAUUAGUGACGCUUCCGACUGA